CCAAUUCAAACGACAUUCCUUGAGCUUAAAUCAUGGAUUCCAUUGCUACUAUCACCCUCUUAAUAAUCGCUUCCCACUUUUGCGGAGGAAUCCAAUUUCAGGACGACCCUGUCAUUGAAAGAUUUCGAGAUUAUCUAAAAAUUGACACUGCCCAUCCGAAUCCAGCCAGCAAAUAUUUACCUGGAAUAGAAUGGAUAAACAACCAAUCUGUCGACAUUGGGCUGGAUUUUACUUUACAUACUUUACAAUUCUUGCCAGAGCAACCUCCGUAUCAUGACGGGUAUGCACUUUGGUUAACAUGGCCUGGACGUAACCCCGCCCUAAAAUCAAUCCUGAUCAACACACACAUGGAUGUCGUCGCCGUCGACGAGAGCAAGUGGGACCAGGACCAUCCUCCAUUCGAGGCUGUCAUGGACGCGAACGGUGACAUUUAUGCGAGAGGAGCAAUUGACAUGAAAUCCGCCACUGCGGGGGCACUCGAAGCUCUUCGUAUCCUUAAAGCGGAAGGAUUUGAGCCCCUGAGAACAAUUCAUCUCACAAUUAUGCCAGAUGAAGAAGUUGGUGGUCACCAUGGUAUGGAGCCAUUCGUCAACUCGGAACAUUUCGAACGGUUGAAUGUUGGUGUGGAUAUUGAUGAAUGCGAAAUAAACGCUGGCAACGUGUUACUCAUCUCUACUGCCGAAAAGGCAAUUUGGCAGUUUAAUAUAACUGCGAAUGGAACUGCGGCUCAUGCGUCCACCCUUCCGGAAGAUACGGCAGCAGGGAAAUUACAAUUUGCUAUCAAUAAAUUACUCCAAUACAGAACCGAGCAGUUGGACGAGGUCAACACCAAUCCUAACGUUACAGUUGCCGAUGUAACAACUAUAAAUUUAGUCCAGAUGGGGGGUGGUCUCGGUGAUAAUAUCAUCCCCGACUUGUUAUGGGCCUCAUUUGACAUGCGGAUUUUAAUCAAACCCGACUGGAAUUUUGGUCAUGUGGACAAUUUUCUGAAUGGCAUCAUUGCCGAAGCAGGGGUAGAUUUAAAAUGGAUCCAAAGAUCAGAACAUGAUGGUGUCACUCCGACGGACGGAAACGUUUGGUGGGAUGAGAUUAUGAGGGCUUGUGACCAAUUGAAUUUAACAUGCAAUUCGCAAGUAAUCAGCGGGGCCACGGAUGGCCGUUAUGUCCGCAGCAAAGGAAUUCCAGUUUUUGGGAUUCAUCCGUUCCUCAACACGGAAAAACGUGCACAUCAGCACAAUGAGAAAAUAAAUGCUGUCGAAUAUUUGGCUGGCAUCCCUCGUUUUACCCAAAUUAUCAGAAAUGUUGCUUCACUCCCAGAAGACGAAAAUAUUGACUACUGAAAUCAUAAACGAUACUUUUACUCUAGCAAUGGUAAUUUAACAAGCGUGAGUUUUAUUGCCUAGAAAUAAUGUAACAUAUUAUAUUACAGUAUUUAUCAGAUCGAUUUCAAUCUAGUGUAGUGAUUCAAAUUUUAUUGAAAAAGAUUUAUAAACUAAAUUGAAAAUAAAAAUGUUCCGAUAUUUUGCAAUCUAAAAAAUACAAUUACUGUUGCUGUGUACAUAAUACACACGUAUUAAUAGUAACGUCACUA